AACCCGUGGACCCAUUCAUUCUAAUUCUACCCAACUCCAAGGUCCACAAUUCGAUUUAAACGUUAGACCUCCCCCCACAUUCAAAAGUUCAAAACUCCCUUUUUCCUUUUAACGGUCAUUCUUAGACAAAUUUCAACAUCCUUCCAGUUUGUGUUUGUGUGUUCAGAGAUCUUGUUGUUAUGGCGACUCAAGUGGAAAAUUCUUCGUUCACAGCAGUUCAAGCGGAAAGCUUUUCCACCCCCGCGAAAAAUCACCACCACCCCAGUUCAAUUUCAAAGGUGAGAGUCGUGUUGAGAAUUCGGCCCUUUCUCCCUCAAGAAAUUUCUUCAAUAAAUGGCAGUCCUAUCUCCUGUGUUUCUCUUCAAGAAUCGGAGCCUUCAUCCGACGAAGUUACUGUUCUUCUCAAAGAUCAAGAAACCAGUCGAAAUGAAUGCUACAAAUUGGAUGCUUUUUUCGGGCAGGAAGACAACAAUGUCAGCGAGAUUUUUGAGAGAGAAGUGAGGCCUUUGAUUCCAGGAGUAUUUGAGGGUUAUAAUGCUACUGUCUUUGCUUAUGGGGCCACUGGCAGCGGAAAGACUUACACUAUGCAGGGAAGUGAUAAACUACCUGGUUUAAUGCCGCUUGCCCUGUCAAGCAUCUUGUCCAUGUGCAAGGGUACAGAAAGUAUCGUUGCAAUAUCUUACUAUGAAAUCUACCUGGAUAAAUGUUAUGAUCUACUAGAUCCUAAAGAAAAGGAGAUCAUGGUCUGGAAUGACAAAGAUGGGCAGAUGCAUCUCAAGGGGCUAGCUCAAAUCAAAGUUGACUCAAUGGCCAAAUUCCAUGAGGUUUUCUCUUCCGCUCUUCAGAGGCGAAAGGUUGCACACACAGGCCUCAAUGAUGUAUCAAGCAGGAGCCAUGCUGUGCUUGUUGUUACCAUUUCCACCCCAUCCCAUGAUGUUGUUGAUAAUGCUGUCACUGGGAAGCUAAACCUCAUUGAUCUAGCAGGAAAUGAAGACAACAGGAGGACAUGCAAUGAAGGAAUUCGACUUCAAGAGAGUGCCAAAAUAAACCAAUCUCUAUUUGCAUUGUCAAAUGUUAUUUAUGCACUUAAUAACAACAAGCCUAGAAUACCUUAUAGAGAAAGCAAAUUGACACGCAUAUUACAGGACUCUCUUGGAGGAACAAGUCGGGCUCUUAUGGUCACCUGUUUGAAUCCAGGAGAAUACCAAGAAUCUGUUCAUACAGUUAGCUUGGCAGCUAGGUCGCGCCAUGUUUCUAAUUUUGUAUGCUCGGCCCAGAAAAAUGUUAAUUCAAAUGUGAAAGUGGACAUGGAGGCAAAGCUUCUUGCGUGGUUAGAAUCCAAAGGCAAAACAAAAAGUUCUCAGAGAAUGGGGCUAUGCCAUUCUCCAUUUCCUGGAAGAACUCCUAGUUCUGUGAAAUCCACGAGGAAAGUGAAUACAUGUACACGUUCCAAUGAUACAAAAGCUAUUAGAGACCAACUCUUGGAUUCAAGGAGGAGUCCAUGCAUAGCUGGCAAAAAUCUAUUUCAUGGUGGAGUUUAUGCAGAUAAAAGUCAGAGAGGUCUGUCGCCCCACCUUCUGCCAAUGCAUCACAACCAAAUUCAGCUAUUCCUGAUGAAUCAUUGUCUGGAGAGGAGGAAGCAGGAAUAAGUAAAUGUGGCGAUGCUGGUACCCUGUUACCAGUAAACAAGGAAAUUAAAGAGCUUCAGAGUCCCCAAAGAAAAGUCCUUUCUCCUAUUGACGUCAACACUGGAAAAUCACAUUUUAUUCCUUCAGAUCCAAAGACUCCUAAGUUGCACACCAUAUCAGAUGGUCGAGAAAAUAACUUCCAAGAGUUAGGCACCCCACUUGAUAAGUUUACUGCUCGGAGUUCUAGCUUAAAGAGCUCUCUUGUCCAAGAGUACAUCGAAUUCUUGAAUACAGCAAGCAGGGAGGAGCUUCUGGAGCUAAAGGGAAUUGGACAGAAGAUAGCCGAGUAUAUUAUUGAACUAAGGGAGACGAGCCCUCUGAAAUCCCUAAGUGAUCUGGAGAAGACCGGCCUUUCACUGAAGCAGGUGCACAACAUGUUUGGAAGAGCUGCAAGAGGAAUAUUAGAAAAAUUCGUGAACAACCCCUAGUUGUGUUCAUUUUGUCAUAGUUUGUUCUCUUCCUACUCAUAUGGUUCUCUCUUUGGACCACUGUUUGUUGUAUUGUACUAUUACCCAAUAUGCGAUUUGCAUUUCAUACUUAACAAAUAUUCUAUCUUUUUAUUAUUGGAACUACUAACAAAUUAUAUGUUAACUUUAGUAAAA